CAUCAUUUUCGGGAAUUCCAACAAGAGCCCUACCAAAUGAGUCAAGUGCGUCAAGUGUACCAUUCCCACCGGCAAACAAUGUUAAUAAAGGUGCUCAAUAUGGGUCUGAUAAAGGAAAACGGAUUAUCACAAGUAAUCCAAGCCAGGGUCAAAAAUGA